GGCAAUAAGUUACUCCUGGGUGAGAUUUGAUUUUAACUUGGAAUAUUUAUUAAUACAUUACUUUAUCUAAAGGUCUAUUCUGGGAGUUAACGUUGACUCUUGUGCACAGUAUCAUUAUGGCACUGCUCCACACUAUCCAGGUCCUCAGUGCCAUGACAUCUGGGAAUUCGCGAUAACACUGUCCGUCAGAUAUAGCAAUGAACGCACAGCAGUCCAUUCUCGGCACCGCACGACGCGGCUAUAUGUGUAUGCAUCAGUUCACAGAAGCCUGUUGCAUAUGAACUGUUUCUACCAUCUAAAGUCAUAAUGUCUUACCCGCGACGUCUUCAACAUACUUCUCCAGUAUCGAGGUGGUCUUUGCGGGACCCCUCUAAUGUCAUCUCCGCUUGCAUUUCCGUUCUCGUGCUGGUCACGAUAGUCAAUGUGAUGUUCACAUUACACAGUAUCUCUGUUCUCAAUGAGCUCCUCCCCCCGCCCCCUCACGUUCACAGUACGUCAACUGUGUGCUUUUACCAUUUUAGGCAUGAAAUUGACCUGAUUAUCUCGUUCACAGCGUAUGUCGGUGACGACCACCCCUCCCAGCUGCCGCUGGAGCUCCCAUCCGUCGGUCUCGAACUCGAGAGCGGCGAAGGCCACUUUUCAUUAUACGAUGACGAUGACUGGGGCACACUUUUCCCCUCGGACGGGUUUGUCGCUCUAGGCCCGAAUAACCGCACAUUCCUAGUCUCCCUCUACCAUCAAUUUCACUGCCUAGACAUCAUCCGCGUUGGAUAUGUCGUAAAUCGCACGCAUGCUGCACAGCAUAUCCAGCACUGCUUGCGGUAUUUACGACAGGCAUUGCUGUGUCACGCUGAUGCCACGCUAGAAGUGGAUAUUCCGCAGAUAUCCCCCGACGAUGGGAAGCUGUAUCACACUGCGAACGGGGUGGGUUCGGUUCACAGGUGUAGGGAUUGGACGGUGCUGCGACAGUUCAUGCUGGAACACCCAAGCACACCGUUCGAAUAAGGGGGUGGGUGUCAUGUGCGAUGCUUCUUGUAAUGCCAAAUUGAUAUUUCUAUUAGAUACUAGAUACGUCAAAGAUAGGUCGUAAUUAAUUUCUGGUGUAUGUCCAAAUACACCACUACACCACUACAACAUGCUUCAAGAUGCUUUUGGUACACUGCCAAGGUGUUAUACAGGUGAAGCACUCUCGUAAUUGCUAGUAGGCCCCAUCUCGACCUCUGCAAUCUC